AUGUUGACAACUGCGACCAAGGUGCAAACGGCAUCUCAGCCUUUUCCAUUGGUUGGCGGCGAUGAUUUUCCUCCAUUCGAGGUCGCUACCACCAAAGAUAAUGUCCCGGCUCAAAGACAGCCUCAGAUCGCAGGAGCCGGCGACUUUGAAUGGGGACCAUGGAAAAUCCAAGAUGUCUUGAUCCCGGCCAACGCCGGUAGGGGAUUGAUCAAGAAGUACCACCAACGCCGGACUCUAUACCAGUACAUCGCUCUGGCCUUGACCGGUCUCUGGUCGUUCAACAACCUCUCGUCCACUGCCUACAGAGCUGCCGCUCUAGGUCUUCUCUUCCCUGGAGCAGGCUUCGUCGGCGUCGGCACAGUUCCCGCCUUGGGCGCGUUCCUGUUGUCUCUGGUCCUGUUUCCUGUCACGGUCUUUGCGUGGUUCGCCAUGGGCGGCAUCUUCUUUCCCAUUGCGCUGUGGCUGGGCUCGGCGGUAGCCGCCGGUGCAAUGGCGGGGGACAAGCUCUUUGACAAGGCCGGCACCAUCUGGGCCAUUUUCUGCUUCGGUGGCAUUGUCUGGCUGAUGCACAACGCCCGCCAGCUGAAUGCUGCCGGGUACACCUUGGCCCAGGAACGCAACAAGUACCUCGUCGACGCCGUCCAUGAGCAACGCGUCAACGCGGAUCCCGCUCCUGCUCCAGGAAGCCGGGAGCUCGAUUUGGAAACCCUUCGCCAUGUCCAGUAUAUGCUCGAGCGUGGUCUCAGCCCAAAGAGCGACUUCAGUUUCCACGAUGUCAUCGAUCAAUUCCAGACAGGUGCCAUCCGAUACCAGCUCUAUGGAGUGGUUGAUGUUCUGAGCCUGUAUCAAUGCCACUACGCCCCAAGCUUCCACGGUUAUCUGUCCAAAGCCUCGCAAAACUGCAUUGAAAAGAGCUUGCAGAAGCGAAUCAUGUCAUAUUGGAAAUGGGAGUCCAUCUUCGGCAGAUUUACGUUGAGUGACUGGGACCCGAUCAAGAAGGAUAAUAUUAUGGUAACGGGUUAUUUGAGCUGCGCCAUUGGAUUGUACUCGCAAGCGUCGGGAGAUCGACGAUACAUGGACAAGAACGCACUCGAAUUUGUGAUUGACGAUGGAAAGCAUUACAAGACCAACUUUGAAGGCCUGGCCGAUGCUCUCAACGAGAACAUGACUGAGAACCCAUACUGUCUCUAUCCGUGCGAGCCCAACUGGACCUAUUCCCUCUGCAACUUGACAGGAAUGGCCGGACUUGUCAUCUCCGACCGGGUGCUGGGACGCAAUCUGGCUGACAAAUUGAGAAAUCGAUUCGAAAAGUCUCUCGAGGAAGAGUUCACCGAAACGGAUGGCCGGAUCCUACCAAUUCGCAGCGAAUUUACAGGCUUGACGCUUCCGGGCCUCUGUGGUACAUUGACCGACUGUAUCAAUGCCAUGCUACUCACCGCCUACCUCCCGCACCUGGCGCACCGCAACUGGGCCAUGAUUCGGAAGGAGUUCCUCACCUACGACCACAACGGCGAAUUGACGGUCAAGGCUCUCAAGGGCGCGGACAAAAUGGACCCGGGCAACUACAAGGCUAGUGAGGGUCCGCUGCGCGCAUUCAUCGCCGCGACGGCCGCCGAAUUCGGCGACCGGAAAGUCCGCAAGGAGGCCUUGGACCAGCUGGACACCAAGUACUUCCCCGUGGAGACGACCAAGUCGGGAUCCCUGAGAAACAAGGGCCUCUCGGCGACGACCCAGGUCAUUGCUCUGAUGGCUCGGCUUCUCCAAUGCCGCGAUCUGGCCAACGCGACCCUGCACGGUCCUGCACCCAAGGUCUUGAACGGCCCGCUGCUCGAGGAGGUGCCGUUCCCCGACGUGCUGGUGGCCAAGGCCUAUAGCCACACCGGCAAGGACCUCGACCUGGUCCUUUACAAUGGCCGCGACGCCGGGACGUUCACGCUCGGGUUCGGCCGACUCGCCCCCGGCGCAUCGUAUUCUCUGAGCACAGGUGGUUCGUUGGUGGCCGACGCUGCAGGCAAGGCCUCGGCCAAGCUUACCGUCAGUGGUCGGACUCCGAUCACCCUCAAGCCUCAGGCUUAG